GCAUGCUCUAAGGGGCGGGGUCAACUGGUAGACAAAACAACGGCAGAGCAACACUACAAAGCAGGUCGUGAGCAGGCCUCUGCAGCUUCUCUAAUCCACUCAUCACCUCCUCCUAACUCCCCUGAAGCUACCGACGCGGUAUGGACGACGAGAAGAAGGCACACUCGGAGCUAGGUCUCCCUAACCCGUAUCUUAACUCUCUGGACGGCGAUUUCCUCUACCAUUUGGGCUACAGCAGCCUGGAGGCCAGAAAUGGCUUCACCAAAGACGGAGUCAGCCACAGUUUUCAAGACGUGAAGUUUGUAGUGAUGGGAGGAAGCUCUGGAAGAAUGAGGUCGUUUGCAGAGGUCAUCGCCAGGGAGAUAAACCACCCGGUCCAGACAGCUGAGCAACUGGACAUUCAUCGAACCGACCGCUAUGCUUUCUACAAGAUUGGACCUGUACUCUCCGUCAGUCACGGUAUGGGUGUGCCAUCUAUCACCAUUCUUCUACACGAGAUAACGAAGCUACUCAGCUAUGCCGGAGCAAAGGACGCUGUCUUGAUCAGGAUUGGCACAUCUGGCGGCAUUGGAGUUCCACCGGGUACAGUGGUGAUUACCGACAAGACGUUCAACGGAUUCUUGAAAGAAGAACAUGAACUUGUUGUGUUGGGAGAGAGGAAGGUGAGGCCUGCCGUGAUUGACCAGGAGCUGGCCAGAGCCAUCCAGUCGUCUCAGAGUGACGCCAGGUUUCAGACUGUUCUCGGAGGAACCAUGUGUACAGACGACUUCUUUGAGGGUCAGCCCCUUAAUCUUACACCCAUAGACUGCAAUAUUAGUCAGGGUAGAGUGGACGGAGCAGUGUGUGAGCACUCUGACGAACAGAAGAUGGAUUUCCUGAGACGAGCUCACAGCUGUGGAGUUGUCAACAUAGAGAUGGAGUGUACCGCCAUGUCUUCUCUCUGUAGACUGACUGGCUACAAGUGUGCUGCGGUGUGUGUCGCUCUACUGGACAGACUCAAAGGAGAUCAGGUGAAGAUACAAGAAGAGGAGUACAAGUCAUUUGGGAUGAGACCUCAGUCACUGGUUGCUAGUUUCAUCAAAUCCCGCCUCUCCUCUUAGAGAACCUGGUGGUAUUCAUAUUAUUAUACCUAUUAUAUAUAGAGAGGGUGUUUAUUGUGUGAUAUCUGUAGAACUGUAGGUGUAUAGCACAUAGGGAAACACCUAGAUUUUUUUAUAACACGAAUCAAGUAUAUUGUAGCACUAUCUAUUUUUGUAUGAUGUGAUUGAGCUAUAAGCUGUUGUGUUCUUAUGCCGUGUAGAAACACUUUAUCACUACUUAACCAUUGG